GUGUUAUUAUAUUAAGUUUUUUUUAAAGCGCGCGAUAACGACAAAAGUCUAUCUACCUAAAGAUAGUCAUAAGUGCCAAAAGUUUUAGUAUUUUUGUUGUUAAUUUUUACUUCUUUGUUAAGUUUAAUCUGUUAUUCAUUCUCAGUUUUUUUUGUUGUUUAUUUCGUAAAAUUUGUUAACUGGUGAAAGAUGAUUCCAACACUAAGGUGAAGAACGCUGUGAAAUAUACUAAGCUUAAUCAAAUAAAAUUGGUAUUCAUUGCGCAACUAUAAUGGAUGUUCCUUCCAUGGUUCAACGAUCUGGAGAUACUUUAAUUGUUCGAAGCGUUGUUAGCGGCAACCAAUUAUAUUUUGAUAAAAAACAUGAAAAUAAAGCAUCUGAAAAAUUGGAAUUACUUCAACUUAAUCAAGCUACACUUCCAUCGUCAUUGGGAUGUUCUGAACAAUCAGUACUUUUCGAGAAUAACGUUAUACCUUCCAAUUGCCGAUUAAGCUCUGCAAAUGAAACAGGCGAAAGUGAAAAUCAAGUCGAUGUAAAAGACGAAGGAUUACCCCAAUGUAAAAUAAAACGUAAUUACUCAUGCAGUUCGUGUACUUUUUUUACCCAAAAUCCACGUUAUUUUUUGACACACUUACGGGAUAAACAUGGUGAAAAGAUCGUUAUAAAUGAAUGCAGGUUGUGUUUAUAUGCCUCGCGUCAUUAUCAAAAGUUAGUUCGACAUAUGAAAAUGGUACAUGGUUCAACUGAUGGAAUUGAAGGAAAUGGCACAGCUCGAAAAAGGCAGUUAAGUCGAGAAAAUCGGAAAAGAAAAGUUGGAAACCAAAUCUUAGAAAUACUACCAAAUUUUGAAUCAAGCGCUCCACGAAUUUACACGGAAAACAAAAUAAGAAUUACACAAUUGAAACCUAAUAAAGACAUACAACAAAACACCCACCAAUCACAAAAAUUCGAAGAUUUUUUGGGUGACUAUUCUAAAAACCGUCUUAAAUGUAGUAUAUGUGAAUUUACAACCUUGCACCGCUCCCAAUUAAUUGUUCAUGAAAAUGACGAACAUUGUAACGCUAAAUUCUUUCGAUGUGAAAAAUGCAGUUAUGUUACACAUAUAAAAGCACGUUUCAGUAAACAUGUAAAAUAUCAUUCCAUGCCAAUGAUUAAGUGUUUCAUGUGCGACUUCCGAACUCCAUAUAAAUGGAACUUAGAUCGACAUAUGAAAAAUCAUGGGGGAACAGGUGCUUUCAAGUGCGCUGCUUGUAACUUUACAGCUGAUAUAAAACAGAGUUUAACAGUACAUGAAAUGAACCAUCAUAUUCCUCCAGUUGGAAAUGCUGCUGGGAUGACAAAUAUUAAGAAGAAAAACAAAGUGGGUGGCACAGAUAUUUCAGAUGAAUUCCUCAGCGAGAUAGGCGACACUGAAGAGGACUCGAACAGCAUAAAUAUUAGUUGUGGUAAUACCGAUAAUGAAAAUUAUAACUAUGAUACUAGUAAUUACACUGAUAUAGUUAGAUGGGACUGUGGCGACCACAAUAAUCUUAAAGAAUACAAUAAUAAUAAUGAUAAAAAUUGCAGCAAUAAUAAUAUAAACCAGACACACAUUUGUAACAAUAUCUUAAAUGAAAAUAACGAGAGCGAUAAUAAUAAUAAGUUUUUAAAUGGUAAAACAAAUAAUAUUAACAUUUGUAAAAUUAGUAAAAAUGUCAAUAUAAGUAGUAACAUCUUUGAUGCCAGCAAAAGCGAGUUUCAAAAUUGUAAACAAGACCAACACGGCUCAAAUAUUAAAGCGAGCAUUGGAAACGAUAGAGAUGGUGAAAAUAACAAAAAUAAGAAUAUCAAACAAUGUGAACAAGUUAGUUCUAUUGCCAAUCAUAGUAACGAUAUCAAUGAAGAUAUAGAUUUGAAUAACAGGUGUACUUUGAGUAAACCUGAAACCGAUACCAAAUGUGGUAACUUAGAGUAUGACAGUUUUUCCAAUACCAAAAAAUUUAAAUGUAAUAUUGAGGACUUACCAACGGAUUUAUCUCACAAAUCCAUGUUGCACGAAAUAAUGAAGCCAAAUUUUUGUUAUAAUAAGUCUAAUCGUCCAAUUCCAAAGCUCAUUCCAAUUCAAACUAGUGCACCCAUUAUUUUGCAUAGCAAGUCACUAAGCUUACCUAAUGAUAGUCAGUUGCACGAUGAGGUGCAUAAUCUUCAACAAAUAGUUACGAUGUUGUUUGGAAAAGAUAUUCCACAAGAGCUGCUAUCAAAUUUACCUCUGCUUUCUCCAGGCAGUGAUUUUAAUAAUUCAGAGAAAUAUGGAGGAGUCGGCUUAAGUGAUUCAGUAAACUACCUGCUUCAUAAAAACUCGCAAAGUUUUUUUAAUAAAUUGAAGCAACGUUUUCCUGGCAAUGAAAAUAGCCUCGCUAAACUUGAAAAUCUCACUUGUACAUGUGGAUAUAUUUGUAAGUGUUUGUCAGAAUUAUAUAAACACCGCAAUACAUGCCAAAUUUCGUCUUGUGAAGUUGACAGAAACCAGAACAUUGACUGUAAAAAACAUUCCAAUUUAUUUCCAAUAAAUUUAUCUACCAAUAUCAAUAGUGCGUCAAUCAGAUGUCACAUUUGUAGGCACCGUUGUAAAUCUAGUGCUGAUUUAAUGAAUCACUUAAAGAGUUGUGGUGAAACGGUAAAUCAAAACGAUUUUUCAGAUUCUUCACUUGAUACUACAGAACAAAAUAUUGUUGCAUAUAAUGAGGAUACGGAAAAACUACUUAUGAAAAAACAUCCUAUGGAAGACAAAGUUUUUAUUUGGAACGAUGUAAACAGUUCUUUCCAAAACUCAAGGAAAGGAGAAAAUGUUGUUGAAGUCAAAAAGCGAAAUUCAAAUAAAAUCGACGAACACCAGCUAAAUAUUUCAACUCAUUAUGAAAGUGACGAAAAAAUUGAUGAAAUUAGUUAUUAUGGAGUAGAAACAGCCCCAGGCUAUGGUGAAGUUACAAAGACAAUUCCAUCUGAAGAGGACACAGCGAACGCUUCUUUAAAAAAAGUCUAUAAAUGUCCCCAUUGUUCAUUUUGGGCAUCAACUGCUUCACGAUUUCACGUUCACAUUGUCGGUCAUCUUAAUAAAAAGCCAUUUGAAUGUUCGCUUUGCAAUUAUCGGAGCAAUUGGCGUUGGGAUAUCACGAAGCACAUUCGUUUGAAAACAAUUCGAGAUCCUUCGCACAAAAAUGCAAAAGUUCUUAUGAAUGAUGAAACGGGAAGAAGAAAUUAUACAAAAUAUAACAAAUACAUAACACUAAUGAAAGUAACGGAUGAAGAUGGAGAUCCGAAACUUAUGAAAUCUGGUGAAAUGACACCGAAUCAAGAGGCUUCAUUAUCAUUUAUAAAAGAUUAUGAAAAUAAAAAUGCUUUUGGAGUUUUGGGUGGUGAUAACACUAUUCCAGAUGUUACGUUAACUUCUAAUAGUUCUUCUUCCGCAUUAACUUAUAACAGUUGCAACAAAGAAAAAAAAGAAAACUUUAAAUUUUUACCUGUUGAAAAUGAAUUGUUAAUUGAACAAUAUGCUGAUUUAAUGCCGUCCGAAUAUGAUAAAGAAGAAACUUUGAGUAGAUGUGAUCCACCGGAUUUAUUUAAAAAUGAAAAUUUAAGCAAAAAUAAAACUUGUGAUGAAGAAAGAAUUUGUAUCAAAAGUGCCGAAGAUUGCGUAGAAAACAAAGUUCUGUAUUGUUGUAAAGAGUGUAACUACAAGAAUUUCAAUAAGGCCAUGCUUGAAUCACACAUAAAACAUCAUGUUUCACCAAAUUUUGUAAAUUUACAAAGUAAUUUUAAUUCAUCAUUGCAAAGCAAAGGGAAUUCUAAUUAUGCAAAUCUAAUGAAUGAUAUGCUGGCCGCCAUUUUGAAGCAGCAGCUGUCCGAAAAUAAUAAAUCAGAAAAUAAUAUUCUUCAAGAAGCGCAAACAUUCACAGCACUUAAUUUAAAUUUAACCGCCCUUGCAUCUUUAAGCAAAACUCAACAUGAAAAUAUUGAUAGUAGAAGUGGCCAUAAUAUAACUAAAAAUGAGCACGGUGAGAUCGAAGAGGCAAGUUCCGUUGGGGUCGUAACGCCUUCUGCUACAACACCAACAAACGAUUCUCCUAGUCCUAAUGCAACUGCUAGUACAAAUCAUUUAUUAAAUAAGAAUACAAAAAAUGUCAGUAAUAACAAAAAAAAUAACGAUAUUUGUAACAAAAAUAUAAACAUGGCAAAUGCAAUAUCAACUUCAAAUGCAUUGGUUAAUGGUAAUUCAAAUUCCGGGUCUACUAUAACUUCUGUAAUUGGUGGUAUAAUUUCGGGUUCUAGUUCUUUUAAAAAUAGUAUAUUAAGUACUCAUUCUGCUAUUGAACAAAAUAUAAAUCAUAAAAAUUUUAAUAAUAUAUUAAAUCAUAGUAAUAACAUGGGUAUUCAUGGUAGUAACUCACAUAAUAAUACAGACCAAUGGCGGGGCCCAGCACCUUACCGUUGUGGUCAUUGCCAUCAAGUGUCAAAUUGGAAGCAUGUUAUACAGCGCCAUUGUCGUUUGAAGCACAACGGAGAUAUUCGCAUCGAGACAAUUGAUCGUUUAAGUGACAAAAUUACACCAGUUUAUCGAACUUUAGACCCUUAUUCAAAUCACCAAUCGGGAAGAAAAUCAUCUCAAACUAUAAAAAUAAUUAAGGAAUUAUCAAGUCAACAAGAAAUUAUCGAAAACACAAGCAAUAUUAACACCGACGUCAACAAUACUUCGAGCACAUCAUAUGCUAAAUUACAUGAAGUAAAUAAAAAUGAUGAGGUGCUAGAACCCGAACCAGCACGAUCAACUCAAGUUUCGAAUUCAAAUGGAAAUUUAAGUAAGUCGAAACAACAAUUUUGUCCUCAAUGUCCGUAUGUGUCUGAAAGUAAAUCUCAAAUGAAUUAUCACAUUUCUUUGCACAAAGCAAAACAAUACGAAUGUAAAGUUUGUGGAUUAUUAUUUAAUAAAAAACAGAAGCUUUUUCUUCAUGCAAAACAUACACAUGAUGAUCAUCCACAAGAUGUCGCUGAAAAUAUUUUACCUAUACAAGUUCAAAAUACGAGCAGUAUAAAUAAAAAUAAUUUAUCAAACCAAUCUAACUCAAAAAUAGAUAACGGCGAUCAUGAAAAUGAAAAUCAUGAAGAAAUGAAGGUCAAUGAAGAAGAAGGAAAGUGUGUUGUUGAUUUAAUUUCAUCCUAUGAACAUAACAGUGAAACUCCUGAUGUAGUUCAAAACUUAACAUUUUGCCAGGAUUGCCCCGCACGUUACUUGUCAAAGCAAGACUUUUACGAACAUAUUAAAAGCCAUCAAAUGAUAUUAAAUAAAAACGAAUCAAACUAUAAAUGUAAUUUUUGCUCAUUCAAAGCAAAGCAAGAAUUUUCUUUACUAACUCACUUUUCAGUUCACCGUCAAGGAUAUCAGGAUCGUACUGAAAUUCUUCUGAAAAAAUAUAAAGAAGAUAAAGAAUAUUGUCAACCCGUUUUGGAAAAAGUAACGGAUAUAUGGGUAGUGAAAAGAAAAAAUUAUCCAAAAAUAAAAAAGUCGCCAAUCACCCACAUCGAUGAAGAAUCACUUUUAAAAUGUCAACUUCAAGAAAAUUCUGUAUUAUUAGGGCAAACUUGUGCAUUGGCAAACAGAGGUGGCAACAAUUUAAACACAAAUAUACAUCAAGUUAUUUUGGACAAUAAUUCGAUCUCGAUGCAAAUUGAAAAAUGUUCUCACUGUCCUUUUGAGACAAAUAAUUCUGAAAUUUACAAAAAUCAUUUACAGCACCAUUAUAUUGUUUCCAAAACUAAAUUAAACUAUUCAUGUCCUCAUUGCGAUUAUUCUUGCAAUGAAGAAAUUGGUUUAAAAAGUCACUUACAAGUUCAUUUUAGUUUUCUCAAUAAUAAUAAUAAAAUUGUUGCCUUUUUUACAUCAUAUAACAAUUUAGAAAUCAAUUUGAACAAAGAUUUAAGUAAUGCAUGUGCAGACUAUGAAGACAUUUUCAAUAACUUGGUGUUAUACAGAUCGCUUGAUGUUAAGAUUGAUAAUUUUGAGAUACAAAAUAAUGUGAUGUUACCGGCAUCAAGUGAAAACAUGCAAAAAGAAAGUGACAACUAUAAAAACGUUGUAGAUAUCAAAACUGGUCAAACUAUGUUUGUUGAAACAAAAUCGAAUUAGUUCUUAAGCAUAAAAUUAAUUAUGUUUUCUUUUUGGUUGAAUUCAAAUAUUAUUAUAUACACAAAGUUAUUUGCAUACAUAGUAUAUAUAUAAUUUGCGUUAAUGUUCUGCUAGGUUGAGAAUAAGAAAUUUGUUCAGCAAAUUUAUAUUUAUUUCGCAUAACGUCAUUUUGUACUUUUAUGAGUUAUUAAGAUUUAAUUAAAACGAAUUGACAUGAAAUGUACUCUUUUCGUAUACGCAUACAUAUAUACAAUAUAUGUAAUUAUAGUUGUUCAAUGACUUUUAAAUUAAUUUUUGAGUGUAAGUACAUUUAAAUGACAUUUCUUUGUUUAUUAGAUUAUGUAAAUUUUUCCUGUUGAGUUAGUCCGAAGUUAGUUAAUAAGUUAAAUUUACUAGCUUUGAUGUGAAAAGAACCUAAGACACUAAAUUAAAGUUUCAUAUUAAUUUUGCUUUUACAGGAAAAAUUGAAACAAAGUAUGCAGGUGAAGCUUAGAAAUUGAAUAAAUUGUCCAAAUAAAUAACUACAUUAACUUACCAGUUUUUUAACAUUUACAAAAUUUUAAUAAUCAAGACAAGGAAGGUUAUUUAUCUUACCUUCAACAAAAGUGUAUACGACUUACUUUAAAACGUAAUAAAUAGUAGCAAGAAAAUUAAUAAUUUUAUAGCAGAUGCAUAUGUUAGAAUACAAUUUUUCUUCCAAAAUACGCUAAAAAAUUUACUUAUGUAUAUUUUCAUUGUUUUUAGAUUUAAAAUUAAAUUUUAACCUACAAAACGCAUAUUUUAACUUUGUUAUGUAAAUUAGUUUUUCUGUAUCUUAAAAAAACAUUAUUUAGAUAAAGUAAUUUGCCAAAAAUUUCUUAAAAAGUAUUAUUUAAAAAGUAGUUAAUUUUAUAAAGUCUAUGUACAAAAAUUAUUUCGGAAUAUAAAGUAAACAAGGUUUCGAAUACUUGCGAUAUAUAUUUUAAAAUUAGGCUCCUUCACUUCACACAAGCCAAAAAAAAAAACAAAAUUAUGAUAAAAAUAUAGAUAUAAAUAUUAUGAAUAGGGACCAAAAAUAACUAUAUCAAUUUUUACACUUAAAACCCAUUUUAUAAUUUUUUAAGUAAUCUCUUAUAUAUAUAUAUAUAUAUAUAUAUAUAUAUAUAUAUAUAUAUAUAUAUAUAUAUAUAUACAUAUAUAUAUCUUAUACAUAUGUAUAUCUUAUAUAUAUACAUACAGUUAUGAUAGUUUAAAAAUGCAUACAUCAUAUUAGAUUACCUUUAUGGAUAAAUCUUUUUAUAGUAGGAACCAAAAUGAUUUAAAAAAAGAUUAUCAAUCUAAUGUAAUGUUUUUAAGUUAGAAAACAACAAAUACAUCCAUAAAUAGGUAUACAAUAUUAUCUUCCUUUCUAACGUUUAGAAGUUUCUGCACUCUGAAACGAUUUAAGAUGCAAAAUUAUGUAUUUUAUUUUGCAUCUUAAAUCAUUUUAGACAACUCACGUACAACAAUUAUUUAUAUUUACAUAGUUUCUUUAAAAAAAGGAUUUAAGAGUAAGAAAAAGCCUAUGGGUAUUAUGAUGGCAACAGAAAAUAAAAAUGAAAGCAAAAAUUAAAUUUGAAUGAAACUAAUGGCUUGUAAACUAAAACAUCCUCCUUGAAUUACCUUAAAAUACCAUUUAAAAAAAUAAUUUUUGAGUUUAUAUAAAUAGCAUGUAUUUAAUAAUUUCCACAAACUGUUGAACUUCUGUCACUAACCAUGUAAGAGCAUACCAGUGCUAAAAAUUUAAUGACCAAUUGUCCUUUAAGGAUGAUACCUAUAUUUCUUAAACCAAGGCUAUGAAGGACAAAGUUCAAAUUCUAUAGAACAUAUAAGGAUUCGCAGGUUUCGAUUGUUUUUCUUUUUUUUUUGGAAAAAAAUAUUCUUUUGUGAAAUAAUGGCUCUUUUUCGAAAAGUACCAUUAUUUAUUUAUAUGCCAUUUUUUUAUUUAUUUGAAAUAGUAUUUUUAUUACCCCAAUUCCGUAAGUAAAACAUAUUAAAGUACAUAUAUACCUAUUUCUAAUGAUUUGGGUGAUACACAGGUUUAUAUUCACCAAAAGCCUUUUUUUUUUUGAUGUUAUUACAGAGAAAUUUAAAUAAAAUAUAAUUUAUAUUAUAUUUCAUGUAAAUGAAAACUUAAAAUUUGUUAAAACGUAAUAAUCUUAAAAAUAUUUAUAUUUUUAUUUUUGAAAGUCCAUAUCGUCUUUCAAGGACUUAUGUAUCAAUAUAUGUAUGUAUCAAUAUAUUAUAUUAUAUUAUAUUAUAUACAUAUAGGUUUUGCUUCGCUUUUUCUAAAGAAACUAUGUAUAAAAAAAAUUGAUUGGAUGUAAUAGACAGAAAGUUUAUUGUAUGUUUAUUUAAGAAACCAUAGGCGAUAAAGAGAAUGAAAAUGUUUAAAUAUCUUUUUAAUUUAAUUUAAAUUAUUAAUUAUUUUUAAUUAGAUAAGGAAUAUUUUUAUAUUUAAAAAAAUUAUAUGAGGUUCCUUGUUUCUUGCACAGUUUUUAAUUAUUUUGUUAUUUACAUAUAACAAAUUAGUAUGCAUUAUUUACUAUUUUAACUACAUACAUAAAAUUUUUAAUCACGCACAUAUUCCAUAGCUACGAAAAAAUAAAAUAAUCAGAAUUAAUCAGGGCUAUUUUUUUCUUUGUUUAAAUUUUUUUUGUGCUUUUUUUUAAUUAAAAGUUACUUAAUAUUUUGUUACAUUGAGUUCUCUGCUCAAUUAUUUUUAACGUUUUAGUUAUUAAGGUACUAAUUAUAGUUAAUAAAAUUAGCAUGUAAUCAAUAGGUCUGUCUGCUAUAAGAAAGUUUUUUAAUAAAACUUGGAAAAAUUUUUGGUUGCAAAGCCUCCCCUAUAAUACUUUUUGAACAAAAAUGAUAGAAAAUGGAGAAAAUGAAGACGUUUUAAUUUUCUCAAUGUUGAAAGUUUUUUCAAGUUUUGUAAAGUAAAAUUUAGUGUUUUAAAAACUUUCAAAAUCUUAAAGCUGUCAAAACAUUGUUUUUUCUUGGUUAUGUGAGGAGAUUUUAUUUAAAAAAAAAAUUUUAAUAACCCAGCAUUUACACGUACAAGUUACUUGCAAGAAAGUUGCAAUACAUACAAAAAUUUUACUAACACAUUGAAAUAUUUCUACUUGCUUGUUUACUUGCAGUUCAACUUGCAAGAAAAUUUUGCUGCCAGUAACUUGAGCAAGUAAUUUGACAUAUUGAGAAAUUCACAAAAAAAAAUUUGUUGUUUUGAUUUUUUUUUUUUUUAAUUUAAAAUUUUUGAAUUUUGUUUUGAAAAAAUUAAACUUAGCAAACUUAUGGUUUCUAAAAUUUAUAAACAAUUAUAUAUAUUGCUAGUUGUUUUCUUCUCAAAGACAUUUUCAAAAAUUUACUUGCUAAACGCCUACGUCAUAAUAGCAAGUAAUUUGACAUUUCGAAAAACUAAUUGACAAUUAAUAUUAUACAAACUUGCUUGCAAGUAACUUGUAUGUGUAAAUGCUGGGUAAUAAUUUUUUUUUUCAAAAUUUUUUAAUUAAAAAUAAAAUAAAAAAAAUGGAUUCACAAAUGCUUUUCACAAUUUUAUAAUCCAAAAUCAAAAUUUUAUUUUUUUUGUAUAACCAAAAAAUGCUUGUUUAUGUUAGAUAAAUAUUUUGAAAUUUGAUGUUUUUCAAAUUUAAAAAUAUUUAAAAAGUUUUUAAAAGUUUUUUCAACUUUUCCGUGUGGUUUAUUUAGUUUGAAAUUAAAUUUUCUUUUGUUCUGAAUAAUUACGUCAUUGUUUUCUCUUUUUAAAGUGUUUUCCAGUUUUAUACCAGACAAACCUUAUAUUUAUACAUAAAAGAGUUAUAUAUAUAUGUUAAUAAAUUUAAAAUAUGGUAUUUUCGUAUUUUUCGUAAUAUAGUUUGUAUUCAUAUGUAUAUUCAAUAUGUGAUCUAUGGAUAAUAUGUGAUCUAUGGAUAUACAUAUAUAUAUAUGUCGUGUAUGUAUAUAUGCAUAAGAGAUUCUGCAUAUACAUACAGUUUAUAUAUAUAUAUCUAUAGACAUGUACAAAUAUAUACAUAUACAGGGUGAUACCGUCAUUUAGGGCAUCAAAAAUAAGUAAAAUUUUUUAAUUUUUGUUCAGAACUAGGUGUCAGAUCUCAACCGUUUCGUAGUGCAGGCACUUGCCCAAGCUAUUUUCAAAAAUAGAAGCUUCAAAUAAACAGUUUUUGAAAGGGUUAGUAUGAGGUUUGAACAUAUUAUUUGAUUAUUAAUUUUAUUUCAAGUUUUUACAAAAUUCCCAAAAAUAAAGAAAAUGCUGAUUUUGACGAGCUUUAUUUUGAAAACUGUAGCUCAAAUCUAAUUGAUUGUUAGACCGAAAAUAAAAAAAAAUCAAUCAGCUGUAAAACAAGCCACCAACAAGAUUACACUACGCCGCAUGAUUCCGAAGUUAUGAGCAUUUAUUUAAAUAAGUAAUCAGUGACAUGCCAUAUACCAUCAUUUAAGGCAUAAAAAAUGAGUACAAUCCUUAUUCAGAACUGGACGUCAUAUCUCAACGGAUUCCAAAAUACAGGAACUUUAAUAAAUGUUUACCAAAUUUCUACUUGCUUAAGUUUCUUUGUUUGUAACUUUCCUUCUGAACAAGAAGAAGCUUCACACAAACAUUGUUUCAAAGGGCUAUUACCAGGCUUGAAAGAAGCAUUAUAACUUUGUAUUUAUUUUGUACUUUAUACGUGUUACCAAAAAAAUUUUUAAAAAAAUCCAAGCACAAUCACCCUGUAUAUAUAUUUAUAUUAUAUAUAUUAUGUAUAUAUAUGUAUAUAUGAACGUAUAAACAUAUAAAAAUAUUAGCUUUAUAUACAUAUACAACGUAGCUUUAGUCAAAAAUUUGUAUAGUCAUUAGAAAAGUUGAAAAUGAAAAAAACUUAGUUCUAAUAAUCAAAUUAAAUCAGUUAUCAAUUGAAAAAAAAACAUCUCAUGCACACAUAUGUACGUAAUGGUUUUUACGAUAUUUUAUAUUCAUAACUGCUCAGGUCAACAGUUUAAGAUUGGAACUGACAAGCAAAUAAACAUUUACUUCGUGAUGUAACUAGCAACUUUUUCAUAAGAAGUUUUGUGAUACUACAAUAUACACUCAUAUAAGUAUUGUUUAUAUAUAACUACUAAAUAGUACUUGUGGACUAAAUUAGAAUAUCAAAGCAAAACAUUAAAAAUAGACUAAGAUUAAAUAUAGUGCUAAAGCAAAAGUGAUAAAUAAAGAAAGGAAAAUGAAAAAUACUGAUCAGAUCUGUAUACAUUAAAUGCAGUGCAAUGUUAACAGUUGCAAAUAUUGAAAUUGUUAAAAUUGCCCUAAAAAAGGAAGAUAAAAAUCUAAUAACUAAUAAAAAGAUAAAGAUACUUUUAAAAAAAUUACCCAACUGUGUUAAGAGACAGUUUUUUACGGAAAGAAAAACAAAGAUUGGUAGUGGAAGGUUCAUUUGAAUUUAAUUGCAAAAUAUAUAAACAGUUACUGUAGCCCGUUCAGAAAUUUUUUUUAUUCCAAUUAGGUAAUUUAUUUUCAUAAGCGGCUCAAAAGUAUAACUAUUUUGAAAACGGUAUAUUUAUGAAACUGUUGAUUUAUAUUGAAAAUAAAAAGAAAGGUGUAGAAAAUACAUUUAUGUGAAAAUUAGAUAUAAAGUGUGUUCUGUUUAAAAAAAAAAUCGAAUUUAGAUCAAAUUUUUCUCAGUGUUAUAUACAUAUAUUGAAUACUCGUUCGUGCGGCAUAUUGAAACUAAAAAGUUUGAAACAUCGACUUCAGUCCGUAAAUUUUUUUUGAAGAAAAUCUAGAAUAUACAACAAUCACGAAUUCUUAGGAAAAUAUUCUAAGUUUCAUUAAAAUGUUUUCAAUCUGAAUAAUUAAUGCAUACUGAUUCAUGAAAAUAAUAAGAUUAUUAAGUUAAUAUUUUAAAUAGACCGGAGGAAGUUAUUAGGUUUUUUUAAAUAGUUAAUAAAAAUAUGUAUGUAUUUGGUUCUUGAAGAUUUUUCGUAAUUUAAAAUACUAUAAUACUGAUUAUUCAGAAAGUUAGAUUGAAGAUUUUUGAAGCUACGGAGAAAUUAAAAAUGUCACAAAAGUUGCCGUUGUGCAGCAAAGUUUAGCGUUCAUGUAAGGAGAUAACUUCCGCUUUGUACAAAAGAGUUCAAAUAAUGAGAAGUUAGUGUGAAAUAUGCGACUUUAUUUUUGAACAAAUACCAAAUUUUAUCUACAUUUUUUUUCUAAUAGUUUAUGAAAAACUGUUUUAUAAUUUUUUUUCUUAUUCUUUUUCAUAAUCAUCUGCAGCAAGUAAUGCAUUCAAUCAUUUUUGUGAAAUGUAUGAAUAGUAAAAUCACAAAUAUACAUUCUACGUAUGGCCUAUAAGAUAUCGUAAAAACCCGAAUCAAAUGGUGAAAAUUCAAGAAUUUGCAGAUUUUGAAAUAUACCUAUAUAUGUGUGCAAUCAGACAACUUGAAACAUUAAUUGAUAAUUAUUACAUUCAAAAAAUAUAUUUACCAAAGCAUAAAAUGCCAAAUAUUUCAAAAAAAAAUAAAUGAAAAUCAACAUAAAAAAUAUUAUUUGUUAUAUUUAUAUAUUUUGUUAUACAUACAUACAUAUGUAUUUUAUAAAAGUUUAACUUAGCAUUAUCUAUCUACAUAUAUUAGGCAAAUUAUUAAUAACAAAAAAAGUUUCAUUACUUCAUACAUAAUUAUCUACAUACAUAUGUAAGAAAAAAUAAAUCAGCUUUGUUGAAUUGAAAAUAUGUAAAACAAAUUAAAAAAAUAAUGAUACAUGUAUUGUGUGUUAUAAAAUUAAAAAAAAAAAUUUAGACUACAUAUUUCGGAUUUAAUAAACCAGUAUGAAAAGUAAUUUAUAGAGUUCUAUAGAAAAUAAAUUUUUUUGUGUAUAAAAAUAAAAUAUUGCAACUAAAUUUAUUUUUUUUUAAUUAUUUGUAAGAACACCAUAAGAUUCACCAAAGCAUUUAUAUGUACAUAUUUGUAUGUAUGAGCAUAUAAAAAUCAAGUAACGAAUUGGAAAAACAUCAUUUGAAAAUAGCAAAUUUUUUAAAUCUCAUCGUGUGCGGUUUUUAGAUGCACUUCACCGUUUUUUUCUUGGUCAGUCAUGGCUGUUUCUGUUUCAGGUUUUUGAAAUAUGAUUUGAAAAUAUUGAAGCAAAGGCUUUCCAUACAUAAAAUAUUUAAAAUUAACAUUACUGAUUGUCUGGUACCCGAACUAGUGACGCAUUUCCCCAAACAUGUAAAAAAAAAACUUCACUACAUACCUACUUUUAAACAAAGUAUAUCUAUCAAUAAGUAGUUCGACUCGUUCCAUUCCGUUAGUUUUCGUCUGCAUUUUGCUUCCAAAAUAUUCCAUUUUCAUUUAGAAAGAGUUGUGUAGGCAAGAAAGAAACAAAAUUUGUAAACAAACGAGUGUAUCAAAAACAUUGAACUGAAAUAAAAUUAAAUUAAGUUCGAUACUCGUAAAAAUUUUAUUUUUAUUUUGAUAACAAAAUUUUUUUUUCAUAUUUUAUUUUUCAUUUCAUAAAAGUUAGGUAAAAACAUUCGAAUGUAUGAAAGUAAUAGUUAUAAAUUUAAAAUUUCAUACUUUGUUAUACGAUACAUACCUAUUCAAGGUAGAUACACAAUAUGAUAUUGUAUGCACCACGUUCAUAUAGCUGCUUCAAUCUUAUUAUUGUAUUGAAAUUUAACAGCUAAACCUCGUUUUUGGGCUUUUAAGUUAACAUAGUAAAAACGCAGCUUGAGUUUUGAGCUGAUUUCACGUCAAACCGCAAUGUAGACGAGGCAUAGAAAUU